CACACUCGACAUUUUAAUGAGCUGAAUGCAAUCGGAUUCGGAAUUUCGGAUCUCUUCGUACCAUUUUUUUUGGGUAGGAACUUCGUACCAUUUCUACUAUUAGCAGCGGCAGGUAAGCUAGAAGCCAAAGCGACAGCGGGAGUGACAGGAUCCAUGUCCUUCAAUGGCUAUUUAGCUUAAUAAUAGCCAGCCCAAGCCUACUUCACUCUCUACCUAGAUACUCACUGUACCCUUUGUCUUCCUCCGUCCACUUCACAGAUUCUCCCAUCGCACCUUUUCGUUAUUUGGAUUUCGGAUUAGAUUCCUCUCUAUAAAUCCCCCCCAAUCAUGGCGGCAGCCCAAUCACCAUCACCCGAUCUUUCCACCGGUAACAAUUUCUUCAUCAUCUCUCUGUCUCCCGCCCCUUCCUCUUUUAAUUCUCUCUUCAUCUUGAUCGCUAGGUCUUUCGAUUUGAUCUUCGAUCGAUCUGUUCUGUUUGUGCUCUGAUUUGAUGGCCCGAGUUGUUUCAUGGAUUGGUGGGGAUGGAUUCAAUUCUGAUAUGCGUCUGUAUGAUCUCUGUCAUGUGAUUUGUUGUUUGCUCCAAUUGAAUGAAUGGUUUCUCCAAAUCGGGAACGAGAAUGACUCUUUUUUGUUGUUUACUGCUAAAUUUAGGAUCUUUCUGCAUCUGGGGAUCGUAAAGUUGGAACCUUUGUUUGAUCUGGGUUGCUGGGAUGCUGUUGAAGGGAUAAUUGUGUGUUUCUUACCUUUAGUGAUCUCAGAUCCUGGUGAUAUGAGAUAUUCUGAAUCUUGUUAAAUUGUCUGAACUCGAAAAUUCUCAUCGACCCCGUUCUUAAACUGGGAAAAUUAGUUGGAAAAAGAGAUGUAAUUGGAUAAAAACCAUGAUAUACCAUUGAGCAUUGUUAGCUGUGUGGAAACCUCUGAAGAUGUUAGCCUGGCCUUUAGAGUAGACAAGUUCUUGUUAUCUAUCCUGCCAUUUUCGAUACUGACUCUGUAACCUGAUCCUCAAAGCCCAGUCUGGUGACUCAUAGAUGUUGACACCUUACUUCUUGGUGCAUUGUUUACUGUUUUUGGUAGAGUUAUGUGGGAAUUUCAUUGUGUUGGUUCUGAUAUUUUCUUCUCGGUUUGGCAUUGCGAUCUUGUGAGUUUAGCCAGAUCUGGCUGCUUCUUACUUCAAGAGUAUUCACAUUCUUUAAUUUAUCAUGUUUGCAUAAUAGGUGUGUUUGCGUGGAUUUGUGCGCACAUAUUCAUUGCUUCAAGUUUUGCUAUCAACAGUUUUAAGCUUUGGUUGGUCAAAUUAUAUGUACUGCCUGUGUUUGUAAGACUCUUCUGAGUCACUGAGCAUAUUGAUCAUGGAUGCAGAAGAGAAACUUCUUGAACCAGAUAGCAUGAAGGAGCGGGAUGCUGCCACUAUAGGUCAUCCGAGGGACGCGGCUCAGUUUGGAUCUUUUGGCUCCAUUGGAGAUCAAACCGUCUAUCCUCCAAAUAUGUAUGCCCCUCAGCCUCAGGCUUUCUAUUACAGAGGUUAUGAAACUGGUGAAUGGGAUGAAUUUUCUCCUUAUGUCAAUGCUGAAGGAAUGGACAUGGGAUCUGCAGGCAUCUAUAAUGAGAAUCCUGCUCUUGUAUUCCAUGGUGGAUAUGGGUAUGGGCCACAAGUUCAAUAUGGGCCAUAUUCUCCAGUCACACCACCUUUACCUUCUGUAGGUGGAGAUACACAGUUGUACCCUCCUCAACAAUUCCAGUUUUCAGGCCCCCCUUAUUACCAACAGCUUGGUCCUCCUAAUAUGCCAUACAUUCCCCCCCACGCACCUGUUUCACAGCCUGAAUUCAAUACCUUGCCACCAAUGGAUCAUCAAGGUGAGAACAUGCUUUCUAGACCAAGGCCUACUUACCCUCAUACCUCAGGAUCUUUUGGUAGAGGCAACGCUCCUGGCAAUCUUGGUGGUCUUGGUUUUCAUGAGGUGUUUGAUGGAUUAAGGUCUGGGGGAAUAUGGUCAGAUUACUCAAAGCCCUCUGAUAGGCACAGGCCUUUUACUCCCUACUCGCCUGCAGUAUCCCCGCAACCAACCGCUCCUUUCGGGUCAUUUGGGAAGAAUGUUGGAAUGGCACCUCAACAACAAAGAUCUUUUUAUGGCUUUGGCUCUGGUUCAAGUUCCUUUGGUAGAGGUCAUACAUAUGGUGGUUUUAAUCAAGGGCCCAGCUUGGGAAAUGCAUCCUUUAAGGGUGUGGGGACAAACAAUCGUGGUUGGCUUUCCUUAGAUAAUAGUAGAUGGCGUGGAAAUAACGGUGUUUCUCUGUGUGGCUGCAAUGGCAACCUUGAUAUCCUUAGUGAGCAAAACCGAGGACCAAGGGCCUCAAAGCCUAAGAAUCAAAGCACAACAGAGCAAACUGGUGCUUCAGUCGACAUUACCAAAUGCAGCAAAUCAUCUCCAAAGGUCAAUGACGACUCAUACAACCGACAGGAUUUCAUUACUGAAUAUAAGGAGGCAAAAUUCUUCAUCAUCAAAUCAUACAGUGAAGAUAAUGUCCACAAGAGCAUUAAAUAUGGCGUUUGGGCUAGCACACCCAAUGGAAACAAAAAAUUGGAUGCUGCUUAUGCUGAAGCAAAGAAAGCAGAUCCUUGUCCACUUUUCCUCCUAUUUUCAGUUAACGCCAGUGCUCAGUUCUGUGGAGUUGCUGAAAUGACUGGACCAGUAGAUUUUGAUAAGAGCGUGGAUUACUGGCAGCAGGAUAAAUGGAGUGGGCAGUUCCCUGUUAAGUGGCACAUUAUAAAGGAUGUUCCCAAUAGUCAAUUUCGCCAUAUAGUUUUGGAGAAUAACGAUAACAAGCCUGUCACUAAUAGUCGGGACACGCAGGAGGUGAAACUCGAUCAGGGCAUCGAGAUGUUGAACAUAUUCAAGAACUAUGAGACAGAGAUGUCCAUCUUGGACGACUUUGACUUUUAUGAAGGCAGACAGAAAGCACUGCAAGAAAGGAAAUUCAGACAGCAGCAAGUGACUCCCAUUCCUGACACUGCUGUUCCAGAAAAUGAACAGAGAAAGGCAGUGAGCCCUCCCGGUACUUUUAUCAAGCAGAUGUCCAAGAGCUUUGCUCAGGUGGUGCGCUUAGACGAUGAUGCCAGCAAACAAAGCUGCAAUGCAGGUGAGGCAGCUGUCCCCGUCCCAUCAGAUGGUUCCAUGGGUGCCAUGGGGUUCCCACACCUCGAAGAAGUCGUGACGACGGCAGUCUCCACUGCUGCUGAAACUACCGGUGGGUAGGAACAUACGUGAUGACAUCCUCGAUAUCCCAUCCAGACGAUCGUUCUGGCAUGAGGUGGUUGUUUGGGCAGAGGAUUGUCAUUAGCGUGGUGCAUGAAGCGAUGACAGACAGUGUUCUGCAAGUUUGUCAUGUCCGAUCUUGUGAGAAGGUAGUUUUUGGCUUUGCUGCUCUUAUUAGUUUUGUGAUGGUGUCUCAGGUUUCCAGUUUGUUUGGUUUCUUUAAGUUUUGGAAGUGUUAGAGCUUGGCAUUAUGAGUUUCUCCAUGUGUAAUAUAAUGCAAUUUGAGCAUUCAGGUAAAAUGGUUUUGCUUUUUCCCCCCCGGACUCACCCCUUUCAAUGCACUGCGUUUGCUGUUCUGCUGCUUUUAGAUAAUGUAGCAAGUGUAGACGAAGGUUUCGAAAGUCUGGUUUUUUUUUAAGAGACAUCAUCAAGUAAUGGAUUAUAUGACACUGCCCGAGAAAUUGGUUGAAUGGUUAUAUGGAUUUCAUGAAAAAAUUAAAUUUUGUAAGUAAAUAAGAUUAAAAUCUAUGCUUAAUUAAAAAAAACUUGCUUGAAAAUAUGGUAUAUGUAGUUAUGUACUUACUUUGUAGUUUGUACCAAUUUUUCUGGUAACAUCCUCGAUAAAGAUACACCAUCCAAAGGAAAAGUCUGCCUUCUUUUAAUAUGCGCCUUUCCCAUCAUUUUCAUAGCUCCUUAAACGUAUAGGUUACCACAAAUAUAUAGUGAAGGUUUAUCAUAAUUGUUCUCGUUUUUCCGACGAAGAUAUUGUCCUUUUGGGUUUUAACCCUCAUUGUUUUCGACUUGGAGUGCAAUUCAAUGUGACUUCCCAUAAGGUCACUCAUCCUUGUUGUACUCCACACUGAGCACGUUUAACUUCGGAGUUCUCACAAAAACUCUUCCAUUACACCCCAAAACGCGUCUUGUCAGUUAAGACCGGUUUCCUACUUAUGAACCAUGGAUCUCUCCCGUGUUUUGUUGAUGUGGGAUUCGCCUAAGGUGUUACAGGAACUUGAAGAAAUAAAUAAAAUGAAACGACAUCCACAAGUUUAAUUUUGAAAUAAUUGCAGAGAAUCGAUUGUCUCCCCCUCGUCCCCAUUUUUGGGUGGUGGGAAAUAGGGGUGAGAAAAUGAAUUAUAAUUGAGAAUCCAAUCUAAUUAAAAUUUGAACUUUAAGGAUUUUCAAUAAAUAUGAUAAUUGAACCCGAAUAUUGUGGAUAAUAGAUGGCCAUAGUUUUUAUAGUAUUCAUUGCCAACUCGUUUGAUUGCACACAUGUAUAUGUGUAUUUAAAAUAGUCAUUAUUUUUCUUAAAAUAUUUUAUACUUAUUAUACAUAUAUGAAAACUUAUAUUGUUCAAACUAAUUUUGUUCAUCCUAGUAAUUUAUUGUUAUAAUUGUUCUCUUAUGUAAUGUCAGUAGUGGUGGAGUUAGAAAUCUAAAUGAAGGGGAGGAGGGAGGACUCUUUUGAUUUGUGGUAAUUGGAGAGGGGGUUAAAGUCUUGCCGACUACUCAAUUAUUCAAAUUUUGUUACGAAUUUUGCAUGUGAUUUUAAAUAAAGAUCUCCUCCUGGCUUUAACCUCGCUCCGCCAUGGAAUGUCAAUAUAGGUGUAAUUCUUGUGUCGGUUGAAGCUAUAAAGAAAAACGAUUAUCCAUUGGAUAAUCAUGAAUAGCGAAAUCCAAUCUUAUGUAAUAUGAUUUUAAUAUUCUACCCGAUUUUUGUAUAAUUAUCGAUAAAAUUCAAACUAUUUU